ACAUGACACAAUAUAUCGUAGUUAAUCAUGUUUAGAUGACACAAUAUAUUGUAGUUAAUCAAGUUUACCUUGAACGUUGUCAGGGCGAGUUGGAAAAGUUUGUCCCUCGUGGCUCGUCGUACUUGCCCGGGUGUCGCCAACAUUGUUAAAGACGCCGUGUGUGUGUGUUCCCGCUGCGUGGGAGAGACACUCGCCGCUAUCUGACUUCUGGGCGUGGUGCUCCAGCACAAAGGCGGCAGGUGAAAUAUGUUGUCGGGGAGUGUGGACAACAGCGGCGUGGACAACAGCGGCUCCCCGAAGAAGCGGACACUCUCGCGGGGAAUCGCCGAGGAUGAAUCACUCCGCAGCUUCAUAAAGGAGCAGGCCGAGAGCUCGUCCAGGCGCGUCUCACGCAGCGAGAGCCGAGCAGGAACUUUGAAAAAGAGGCCUGACAGCCAGCCGCCUGACCAGGACCUCUUCGAAGGACUUUCUGAAAUGCUGGAGCUGCAGGCCAGCUACGACGAGGCGCUGCAGGAGCUGCGGGGUCUGGAGGUGGAGCGCCAUGCUCUGAUCUUCCAGGUGGACGUCCUGCAGGACACGCUGGAGGGCGUGGAGGAGCUGCUGGCCGAGGCCCAGAGGGAGGCAGCGGAGGCCAACUUGGAGUUGGGGCGCGAGCGGGACGCCAAGAGGAAGCUGCAGAUGUUGGUUCGCUCUCUGAUGCAGGAAGUUGAAACGUUAAAAGAGGCGGCAUGUCCCAGCCAGGUGUCUGCACACUCACCAGAACCCCUCAGGAACCAGAACCCUGCGGACCAGGGCGGCGUAACGAGCAAGCUGGUGUGUGCGUCCAACAGCGCCCCCUCCCUGGCACUGGAGCCCCCGCAGUGUGUGGACGGUGUGCACAGGCGGCCUCACCAAGGAGGGCGAGAUCCUUCCCCGGACAAGAGCGACUCCGACACGGCAAGCACGUACGAGGACGCGUCUGCCGAGAGUCCUGAGCAGGAUCACAUCUUCCCGAGUGUCACCCUGGAACUGCACCAGGGACUACACCAGGGACUGGACCAGGAAGGCCAACAUGGUGACAGCUGUCUACUGUCUUAAUUUGUUACACACUGCUGUCUGAUACUGUGUGUGUGUGUGUGUGUGUGUGUGUGUGUGUGUGUGUGUGUGUGUGUGUGUGUGUGUGUGUGUGUGUGUGUGUGUGUGUGUGUGUGUGUGUGUGUGUGUGUGUGUGUGUGUGUGUGUGUGUGUGUGUGUGUGUGUGUGUGUGUGUGUGUGUCCCUUCUGCCAGAAAGACCGUGUGUGUGUGUGUCCCUUAUGCCAGAUACUGUGUGUGUCCUCUAUCUUGGUGUGUGUCCCUUCUGCCAGAAAGACCGUGUGUGUGUGUGUGUGUGUCCCUCUUCUGCCAGAAAGACUGGGUAUGUGUCCUCUAUCUAGGUGUGUGUCCAUUCUGCCAGAAAGACCGGAUGUGUGUGUGCGUGUGUGUCCUCUAUCUAGGUGUGUGUCCUUUCAGCCAGAAAGACCGGAUGUGUGUGUGUGUGUGUGUCCCCUCUGCCAUCUAGGUGUGUGUGUGUGUGUGUCCCUUCUGCCAGAAAGACUGUGUGUGUGUCCUCUAUCUAGGUGUGUGUCCUUUCAGCCAGAAAGACCGGAUGUGUGUGUGUGUGUGUGUGUGUGUGUGUGUGUCCCCUCUGCCAUCUAGGUGUGUGUGUGUGUGUCCCUUCUGCCAGAAAGACUGUGUGUGUGUCCUCUAUCUAGGUUUGUGUCCCUUCUGCUAGAAAGACCGUGUGUGUGUGUCUUUUGCCAUCUAGGUGUGUGUGUCCCUUCUGCCAGAUAAACUGGGUGUGUGUCCUCCAUCUAGGUGUGUGUCCCUUCUGCCGGAGACCGGAUGUGUGUGUGUGUGUGUGUGUGUGUGUGUGUGUGUGUGUGUGUGUGUGUGUGUGUGUGUGUGUCAUCUAGGUGUGUGUGUCCCUUCUGCCAGAAAGACCGGAUGUGUGUGUGUGUGUGUGUCUGUGUCCCUUCUGCCAGAAAGACUGGGUGUGUGUCCUCUAUCUAGGUGUGUGUCCUUUCUGCCAGAAAGACCGGAUGUGUGUGUGUGUGUGUGUGUGUGUCCCCUCUGCCAGAAAGACUGGAUGUGUGUGUGUGUGUGUCCCCUCUGCCAUCUAGGUGUGUGUGUCCUUUCUGCCAGAAAGACUGUGUGUGUGUGUCCUUUGCCAUCUAGGUGUGUGUGUCCCUUCUGCCAGAAAGACUGUGUGUGUGUGUCCUUUGCCAUCUAGGUGUGUGUGUCCCUUCUGCCAGAAAGACCGUGUGUGUCCUCCAUCUGGGUGUGUGUCCCUUCUGCCAGAAAGACCGUGUGUGUCCCUUCUGCCAGAAAGACCGUGUGUGUCCUCCAUCUGGGUGUGUGUCCCUUCUGCCAGAAAAACCGUGUGUGUCCCUUCUGCUAGAAAGACAGUGUGCGUCUGUGUGUGUGUGUGUGUCCUUUGCCAUCUAGGUGUGUGUGUCCCUUCUGCCAGAAAAACUGGGUGUGUGUCCUCCAUCUAGGUGUGUGUCCCUUCUGCCAGAAAAACCGUGUGUGUGUGUGUGUCCCUUCUGCCAGAAAAACUGUGUGUGUGUCCUCCAUCUAGGUGUGUGUCCCUUCUGCCAGAAAGACCGUGUGUGUGUGUGUGUCCCUUCUGCCAGAAAAACUGGGUGUGUGUCCUCCGUCUAGGUGUGUGUCCCUUCUGCCAGAAAGACCGUGUGUCCCUUCUGCCAGAAAAACUGGGUGUCCUCCAUCUGUGUGUCCCUUCUGCCAGAAAGACCGUGUGUGUGUGUGUGUCCCUUCUGCCAGAAAAACUGGGUGUGUGUCCUCCGUCUAGGUGUGUGUCCCUUCUGCCAGAAAGACCGUGUGUCCCUUCUGCCAGAAAAACUGGGUGUCCUCCAUCUGUGUGUCCCUUCUGCCAGAAAAACUGGGUGUGUGUCCUCCAUCUAGGUGUGUGUCCCUUCUGCCCAAAAAACCAUGUGUGUGUCCUCUGCUAUCUAGGUGUGUGUAUGACUCCCUUCUGCCAUCUAAGUGUGUGUGUCCUCUCCCAUCUUGGGGUUUGUGUGUGUGUCCUUUCUGCCAAAAAGACCGUGUGUGUGUGUGUUUGUGUCCAUUGCUAUCUAGGUGUGUGUGUGGCUCCCUUCUGCCAUCUAGUGGAAGAACAUGUCGUAGGGUGUGUGGUUGGGUGUGGUUAUGUGUGUGCGUGGUUCUCUUCUGCCAUCUAGUGGAAGAACGUGUGUGCGUGGUCCUCUUCUGCCAUCUAGUGGAAGAACGUGUGGUUGUGUGUGUGCGUGGUUCUCUUCUGCCAUCUAGUGGAAGAACAUGUCGUAGGGUGUGUGGUUGUGUGUGUGCGUGGUCCUCUUCUGCCAUCUAGUGGAAGAAGUCUUAAUUGUGCUUCACCAACCUUGUUUGGCAGCAGUGAGUAGAAACUUCUGCGAUGUCCUAGUUGUGUUCCAUGAUGACCAUGUUUGUCACCAUUAGGUCAAACUUGCUGAUAUUUAUCUUCAUGUCUUCUUUCUUGGCCUGCAGAAGGGAAGAUGUGUCUUGAUGUAGUUUUGGGAAAAAGAGACUGCAAUGUGUGUCUUGAUGUAGUUUUUGGGAGUCUCACCUGAGAUGCUUGAAGUCAGCGUCCAGUUUGUAAGGGAAGCACUUUUUAAUCCACUGCCUGGAGCUCGAGCUUGUUUUCUAUGUCUUUUUUAGACUUUUCUGGGAAGAAUUUGCACUUUCCACAUGUUGGCAUAAAAGUACUUUUCAAACAUUCCCUGCAGCAUGUUUGCACUUUGGCAAGGUUAUUUGUCCUUUUUUCACGUCCGCUUUGCUGCAAACUGCCACUUUUUGUACAUCAUGUUACCACCCCUUUGAAAUUAAUCACUUUACUUUGAAAAUAUCAAUGAUUUCCCAGGAAGUGGAAUGUGCAUGUGAACUUUUAUUAGUCUAUUUGUCACAAUCAAGUCAUCUUUUUGAUACUUUGGACUUCACUUUUUUCUCUGCUUGGUUUUCACACAAAUGGAUGCUUUGUUGGAAGAGAGUGACUCUUAAAUACACAUUUCAAAAUAAAAGGUUUCAAAACAGA